UACGCCAGCAACAGCGUCAUCCUGCACCUGGACGCGGGGGACGAGGUCUUCAUCGAGCUGGACGGGGGCAAAGCCCACGGCGGCAACAACAUCAAGUACAGCACCUUCUCCGGCUUCAUCAUCUACUCGGACUGAACCUACACCCACAGCGUCGCCCCACGGCCCCCCAGCCCCACGGCAUCGCCCCAUAGACCUCCAGCCCCACGGUAUCCCCCAAAGGCCGCCCAGCCCCACAGCAUCCCCCCACUGCCGCCCAGCCCUAGAGCCUCCCCUUUGCUACUGUCCAGCCCCACGGCAUCCCCCCACAGUGAUCCAGGCCAUGUGCGGUGCCCCAAACCCCCCGUUUCCCAUUAGCUCACCCCACAGCUGCUAAUUCAAGGCUGGGGGCCCGCAGGGGGCUGGGGACCAGCAAGAGGCUGGGGGACCCUCUUGCGCUGCCCCACUGUGCCCCCAUCCCCUGGCUGUGCUCCCCGCUUGGCCCCGUGGUGCCCCACUCCUCGCUGCCUCCCCACACUUGUGGCAGUGCCGGGGCCGGGGGUCCCUGCUGGCGUGUAUAUAUGUACAGGACACGCAGAUGUCUAUACGGGUGCCCCCCCUGUCCAGCCCCGUGCUGGGGGGCUGCGCUGGGGCAGGGGGGAGAUGCCUUGCUGCCUGACCCCAGGGCUACCCCAUGGUAAAGCAGAGCUGUGACCUCUCCCCGUCUGCUGUCUGUGUCCCUGCGUGGGGCAGAGCCAACAUCCCCCACCCCGGGGACAGGGUCCACCUGCCACCCCCCGUCGACCUCGCUUGGCUUCCUGAACUGGCCCGGCCGGGGGUGCCGGGAGGGGCUCCCCUGUCCCCAAGUGCUGGCGUCUUCUCUGCCACCUCCAGUGCAGGCACUGGGGGUGCCACCGCCACCAUGUCCCUGACCCAGAGCCCAGGUGGCCCCAUGAGGGGUGUCCCCUCAGGUACAUGCGUCCUCACUGCAGGGGGGGCGACGUGGUCCGGCCCUGCAGAGCCACGAGGACCCUCCGGCACGGUCACCUGUCACCGCUGCCUCGGCACAGGCAGGACGCGGCCCAAUUCGAGGUGACAGCACGUGCCUGCGGCCACCAGCCGCCUCCUGAGCAGCUGCGGUGGGGUCAGAGGACAGGAGCCGCUGGGGCCCCCUGGGUGGCCCUGGGGACAGGGUGCACGGGUGGGUGUGUGUCCCCCGGCGGUACCGGGGCUCGUUUCUCAGCACCAAUUCCCCGGGAGCAGCAGCGGCCGGGCCGCGGGGGCUGCUCAGGGCCGGGGCUGUCAGCUCGGAGCUGGGAGGAGAAGGCUGCCGCUGCGGCUCGCUGUGGCUGGCAGCAGGCGGCGACCCCGCGCCCCUCAGCCCUGCCGGGCCCUUGGCUGGGCUCUCUCCGCUGGACAGCGCUCGGGCCGCCGGUUCUCCCCGCCUCAGGGGGCCGCCACGGCCGGGCCGGCGAUGGGGAGGGGGGAAAGAUGGCGGCCAGGUCGGGGCCCGCGGGACUACCGCUCCCAUGGUGCACCGCGCAGGGCGGGCGGCCAAUGGAAGGGCGAGGCGGGAAGAGCGGCCAAUGAGGAGCGAGGGCGGGAAGAGCGGCCAAUGAGGAUCGAGGGCGGGGCCUGCGCGACCGUUGGGCAGCGGAGCGGCAGGAGGUGUGUGAGGCCCUUGGGACGUUGGAGCCCGGUGCCGUUGUUCUCCAGGCGGUGCCGUGCCCCCAUCGCAGCACCCCCCUGUCACCAUGAUGCUGGGGCCCCCGCCCCAGGAGGGCUCUGUGGCUGUUGUGGUGCGUGUGCGGCCCCGCUCUUCCUGUGAGCGAGAGCGGGCCGCACGCCCCGUCCUGCAUGUCGUUGACCAGCACAUCCUCGUCUUCAACCCUGAGGAGCACAGUGGCCCCCCCAGCAGUGUGCUGCCCACUCACGGGCCCAAGCACCACAGCAAGGACCUGAAGUUUGUCUUUGACCGAGUUUUUGGGGAGGGGGCCACGCAGGAGGAGGUGUUCCAGCAAACCACCCACGCGUUGUUGGACAGCGUCCUCAAUGGCUACAACUGCUCCGUGUUUGCCUACGGUGCGACAGGAGCAGGGAAAACCUACACCAUGCUGGGCUCGGAGGAAAGCCCUGGCAUCAUGUACCUCACCAUGGUGGAGCUGUACAAGAGGAUCGAGGCCAGGAAAGAGGAGAAGAGCUGUGAGGUGCUCGUCUCCUACCAGGAGGUGUACAACGAACAGAUUCAUGACCUGCUGGAGCCCAAGGGCCCUCUGGCCAUCCGGGAGGAUCCUGAGAAAGGAGUCGUGGUUCAGGGUCUCUCCUUCCACCAGCCCGCGUCGGCAGAGCAGCUGCUGGAGAUGUUGGCCAACGGCAACAGGAACCGGACGCAGCAUCCCACCGACGCCAACAGCACCUCCUCCCGCUCGCAUGCCAUCUUCCAGAUCUACGUGAAGCAGCAGGACUGCACUGGCGGCCUCGCUGGCGACCUGCGAGUGGCCAAGAUGAGCCUGAUCGACCUGGCAGGCUCGGAGCGAGCUUCGGUCGCCAACACCAAGGGAGAGCGGCUCCGGGAGGGUGCCAACAUCAACCGCUCGCUGCUGGCCCUCAUCAAUGUCAUCAACGCCUUGGCUGAGGCAAAGAGCAGGAAAAGCCACAUCCCGUACCGGGACAGCAAGCUCACACGCCUGCUGAAGGACUCCAUCGGCGGCCACUGCCGCACCAUCAUGAUCGCCGCCGUGAGUCCCUCUGUCCUGGCCUAUGAGGACACUUACAACACCCUCAAGUACGCCAGCCGGGCCAAGGAGAUCAAGGUGUCGCUGAAGAGCAAUGUGACCAGCUCUGACGGCCACGUUAGUAAAUACGCCAUCACCUGUGAGCAGCUGAGAGCGGAGGUGGCAGAUCUGCGGGCGAAGCUCCGGGUCUAUGAGGACGCUGCCCGGGAGUCGCAGAACCAGGCGCUGGCGCCGCUGGCUCCCUCCAGCUUCCCAGAGGGGCUGCCCAGGUUGGAGGAAGCUGUCCCCCAGACCGGCGUGUCUCAGAGGGGGAGUGAUGGAGAGCAGCAGGAGCUGGGAGCUGAACAGUCUGCUGGGAUGCCAAUGGAGUUGGAGGAGGAGGCUCCAGAGGAAACGCCUCCCAGCAGCCUCAGAGCAACCCACCAGACAGACGUCCAGCUGGAAAGGAAGACACCAAGGUGCCUUCUGCAGGGGUUGUCUGGCAGCCGGGCAGAGACGCUCCUCGCUGCCGUCCUGAACGUUGCCCGAAAGCAGUACGCCCUCCUGAAGGCUGCCGCCCUCCUCACUCCUGCCAUGGUCUCCGAAUUUGAGGACCUGGAGCGCCUGGUCAGUCAGGAGGCUGGUGUAAGCGGGGAGCAAGCCACGUCUGCAAAGGGAGCCUCAGAGAUCAGCGGGGCCAGCUCUGCCCAGAGGAUGCAGCAGGGCUGUGAGGCCCAGGUGUCUGUCACCGUGCCCAGCACCCCCGGGAUGAGCGGCACCGUGCAGCGCUUGCAGGACCUCGCUGCCCCCUGCAGCCCCACGUCGGUGGCUCCUGGCCCAAUUAAGAGGAAGGGGACUACAACAAGCCACACGUCCCUGGUGUCAUCAGCUGCCCAAAACCGCCGCACCCUGCCUGCUGUGCCCGUUCACAACUUGAACGAGACUUUUGAGGUCUCCAAGGGCAGUGGUUCACCCAGCGUGGCCGAGGCAGCUGCCUCCAGCCUGCCAGAAUUCUCCAUCUGGGAGAGUGUCCAGAGCCACCUAAACAAGCAGGACGGCCCCGUCAUGCCCCAGUAAGUGCUGGCCGGGGGGGGUUAACUGUGGUUUUGGGGCUCCCCCCUCCACAAUCUUGCUGUCUGGGU